AUGGCGCGAGCUUGCUUGGCCGCCGCAGCCGCGGGCGUUGUGGGGUUUGUUGCGCUGCCUGCCUUUGUGCCGGCCACGGGAUCCCACUCCCAGUUGCCAUCCUCGCCUUCUCUCCGGGGGGCUUCGGCUGGCACCAGCAGCUUCGGUGCCAGCGCCUCAGCAGCUGCAGCCCUGACCACCUUGGCGGUGGGCGCCGCGCUCUGCCGAAAGCCGCAGGUGGCAAAGCAGGCCGGGCGCCGUGAGCUGGCAGUUGCCUAUGAGGACUCCGGCAUCGACCUCCUCGACAACGGAAAGUUCGCCCAGGGUCUCGUCGGAGCCGAGGGCGCGUGGGGACGUUUUGAGUUCGACCCCCUCGGCUUCUCGACGAAGACGGAGGUGGUGCCCUACCUUCGCGAGGCAGAGUUGAAGCAUGGUCGCAUCGCAAUGCUGGCCUGGCUGGGAAUGGUGGUGCCAGACUUCGUUCGCCUCCCGGGUGAGAAGUUCUCCUUCGAAGCGGUGCCGGUGAGCAUCGAUGCGCACGAGGCCUUCCGUGGUGCGACGGGAGUGAAUGCCCAGAUCCUCUUCUGGAUUUCCAUCGUGGAGUUCUGCUGCGCUAAGAAGGUCUUCGAGUGGAACUCCCUUGAGGUCGCCGGCGAUUACGGCUUGACCAACUGGUUCCCGAGCGACGAGGAGGGCCAGAAGAGGAUGCGUCUUGCCGAGCUGAAGAACGGCCGCCUGGCGAUGCUGGCGUUUGCAGGGGCUGUCACGCAGGCCGCCCUGACUCGUCAUCCUUUCCCUUGGCUCUACUGA